AUGGCAACAGUCACUAAGUCUGAUGCCAAUGGAACCCCCCUGCCGAAUCAAAUGCUGGAUGCAAACAAUCACAUCACCAUCUUCCAGAAUAGCUUUAUCGCAGAGGGUGUAACCAUCAACAUAUCCUUGAGUAACUGCGACAGUUCCACUGUGACCAAGCUGGAAUACAUCGCUGGCAUUGCUGGAACUACUGAGCCCAUGUCCUCGCAGCCUCCGUUAGCAAGACAGUUGGUACCAUUAGAAUAUGGUCGUGAAAGCGUCAUAUUCAAUGGCAACACUUUUGGCCAAUAUGUCAUGAUAAACAUUGGAUCCCAUAAUUGCACAGGAGCUAUCAAGCAAACUGCUCUUCCUAAGACCUCAAACCAAGAAUGA